CUUACUGCCUUCAUGUCAGAGUGACUCUUUGACUUUUCUCAGCACCUAGAAAUCACCUGUCUCUCUCUCUUUUGUUUCAGAUGUCAUCUCUCCUACACACUUCAGCCCUUACUACAGGUGGCUAACCUUUGAUGUGUCCUCCAUGGAAAAGAACGCCUCCAACCUGGUGAAGGCUGAGCUCAGGAUCUUCCGUCUUCAAAACCCCGGGGCCCGUGUGUCUGAGCAGCGCAUUGAGCUAUACCAGAUUUUAGCACACAAAGACCUGACGUCCCCAACACAGAGAUAUAUUGACAGCAAGGUUGUACGAACACAGACGGACGGGGAAUGGCUUUCCUUUGAUGUGACAGAGGCAGUGAGUGAAUGGCUGAACCACAGAGACAGAAACAGUGGAUUCAAGAUUAGCCUGCACUGCCCAUGCUGCACAUUUGUACCAUCAAAUAACUUCAUUAUUCCCAACAAGAGUGAGGAGCUGGAGGCACGGUUUGCAGGUAUUGAUGACAGCUUCAUCCCUGGUGGUGACCUGAAGGUAUUUAAGAAGCGGCGGCACAGCACUCGGGCUCCACACCUUCUCCUCAUGCUGCUGCCUUCAUACAGGCUGGAGUCCCAGUCCCAGCACAAGAACCAUCGAUCCAAGAGAGCCCUGGACGCUGCCUACUGCUCCAGAAAUGUUCAGGACAAUUGCUGCUUACGGUCACUUUACAUCGAUUUUAAGAAGGACCUGGGCUGGAGGUGGAUUCAUGAGCCCAAAGGCUACGAGGCCAACUUCUGCGCAGGGGCCUGUCCAUAUCUGUGGAGUGCAGACACCCAGCAUUCCAAGGUGUUAGGCCUGUAUAACACCAUCAACCCUGAAGCAUCAGCAUCACCCUGCUGUGUCUCCCAGGACCUGGAGCCUCUCACCAUCCUCUACUACAUUGGCAAGACCCCCAAAAUAGAGCAGCUUUCCAAUAUGAAGGUCAAGUCCUGCAAGUGCAGCUAGAAGCUCUUACAACUCAUCACAAACACUCUCUCCCUUCCUUCACAUAAACACGCACACACAUGCAGUGGACUCGGGCAUACAUGCAGUCAAACCGCAGC